CGCCGAACGAGAAGCAGCUGGUGCGGCGACAGUACAGUGGAGCAGCGCAGUGAGACAGUCAUGUGCGUCGGAGUCUCGUAGCGUGCUUCGAGUGUUGUUGUGCCGUGGACGAGCGCGAGGGAGCCGCCAUGCUGACCACCAGCGCCAACCAGUACUUGCACCCGGACUACUUGUCACCGUUACCAACUACGUGGUCGGUGCGCGGCCGGGGUUCGCAGCCGGACAUCCUGGACCCCGACCUGGGCCACGAGCCGCUGCAACAACAGCUCGAUGCGAAGAAGAGUCCGCUGGCCCUGUUGGCGCAGACGUGCAGCCAGAUCGGCGCAGACUCUCCUAGCAGCAAGCCUCUGAUCCCGCCGCUGGAGAAGCAGCCGUCCUCGAAGUCGUCCUCGUCCUCCGCCUCCACGGUGAAGAACGAUUCCUCUACCGGUGGGAGUGGCGGGGCGCGCGACAAGUCUUCGCCGGCGUCUUCGGCGGGCAGCGACUUGAGCGUCAAAUCGAGCUUCAAGCCGUACGAGUCUUCAGUGUCGCAGCAGCACCACCAACAGCGAGACAAGACUGGAUCGCCGCAGGAGGACCGCGCGGGUGCCGCGAGCGGCGGUGGGAACGGUUCUGCCCGGGUGAGGACACCCGCGUCCACCAAGAGCGGCGGCCGUUGCGCCAGCAACCAGAGCGCUUCCUCGCCCAGGUCUUCGCCGGUGGUCGGCCGGAAGACGCCGGCCAGCGCCGCUGCUGCUGCGGCGGCGGCAGCUGUCGCCGCCGCCAGCAGCGCGGCCUCUGACGCAAAGUCGUCGUCGGAGAGUCCGCUGGCUGCGACGACCAAGGUGGGAUUCAGUCCCGUGGCGUCCAGCCUGCUCGACCCGACCGCGUCUUUGAAGGACAUGCCGCUAGGUACUUUCAAGCCGACCGCCUCGUACCUCGGCGCCUUCCCCCACUUCCCCGUCGACCUGAUGGCGGCGGCAGCAGCCGCGGCCGGAGGCGGCGCCGCGGCGCACCUCAAGGGCUCGCCGUACGUGAGCUACGCGCGUAUGAAGACGCCGUCCGGCGUCGACACGCUCGUCCCCGUGUGUAGGGACCCGUACUGCACCGGCUGCCAGCUCAGUUCACAGCUCCUGGCGGCGGCAGCGGCGUCGUCGACGGCGGGCGCCGGCAAGGGGUGCCCGGGGGGCUGCGCGCAGUGCGACCACGCCGGCAAGGCGGCGUUCCUGCCCGCCGCCGCGGCCGCCGCCGCCUACGCCACGGCGCACGCGCAGCUCGCGGCUCUCGCGUCGCACCUGCCGUACGUCUGCAACUGGAUCGGCAGCGCCGCGCCCUCCGCCUCUUCCGCCGCCGACGGCUCGGCCGCUGCGGCGGCGGCUGCUGCCGCGUCCGGCUACUGCGGCAAGAGGUUCGCCACGUCGGAGGAGCUGCUGCAGCACCUGCGCUCGCAUACGGAGGCGGCGGUGUCUCCGCUGUUCGCGCACCGCGCCUACCCCACGCCGCCCCUCAGCCCGCUGGCGACGGCGCGGUACCACCCCUACGGCAAGCCGACCCCGGGCGCCCUGCUGCCGCCGGGGUUCCCGUUGCACCCUCACCCGGGGCUGCCGCCCUACUUCUCGCCAUACUCGCUAUACGGACAGCGGCACCCGUGAAUCGGCGGUCCGCCGAUCGCACUUCAAAUCGUCCCCCGUGGAAGCUACGGGACACUUGUGAAUAUAAAUGUAACCAAAGUGUAUACUGAGGAGUCUGAGCAAGUGACACGGCUCGUCCGAGUGGCAAUUACUUCACUGGUACUUAAAAUCAGUGAGGACAGUAAUAGCGAUUGUACAUUAAAGUACUGAAUGCCUUGUACACUGGAAUGAUUUUUCACUUUACAACACAGUGUUCGCUAUAAUUGUUGAGACAUAUCUCAUGUUUACAGCUGACUUUGUCAAUAAAUAUUUAUCCUAGCAA